GAACUCCAGCUGGAUAGAAAAAAAUGUUUUAAUACAUGCCUUGACCGUUAAAUCUUCUUUCACCAUUGUCCAGCUUUUCGGUCUUCUUUCGUUAAACGUGAAUAUUUUCUUUCCUUAAAUUCUCAAUCCUUUUGGUUGAACUUUUUUCCUUUUUCAUAUUUUUAGGAAAUUAGCUGAACUCUUUGGGAGGUUUUACCUUGGUACGUAGCUAGACAAUAAUGAAGGAGCUCGAAAUCUUCUUUGCCAUGGAAAGAUUUCGUCGGUUGUCCGAUGAAGAAACAACCACAGAUAUUGGGUUGGGUGAACAAAUCCAGGAUUUAACUAAACUGCUUAUGGAUAAUCAGUCAAUUCUAAAGAAUGCAGGUCCAAAUCAAAGCAAUACAAUAGAACAGUUGAUCACCAAAAUUGACGAAGCUGCCUGUCAUACAGAGGAAGCCGUUAAAAAUCAUGGUCUAAGAAAUAAUUCUAGCAAAAUUAGAUGUUUGAAUUUACCCUCUUGUAUUUCAAAGUCUCAUGAUCCACAUGCUAGCAUCAAGUUUGAGCUCAAAGAAUUGUACUAUCAGGUCAAACAUGCCCUUCAAAAGUUAUCUUACCUUGUAUCUGACUUGCCUGCAGAAUUAAGAGAGAAAGACGAAUGGGAAAGGCUCGAUUAUUAUAGUCGACCAGAUCGCAAUUCCAUUGGGCUCAAGGAAGAUAAAGUUCAGCUUAUCGAAUAUCUAAUGGAUGAGUCUGAGGACUUAAAAGUCAUUUCACUAUGUGGAGCUGGCGGAGUGGGAAAGACAACUCUUGCUUACGAGAUCUAUGACCACCCAGAUAUUUGGUACAAAUUUCUUCAUAGAAUCUGGAUCCCUGUUUCGUCCACGUUUAACCCGGGAAACAUACUUGUGCAAAUUGCUCGCUAUUUUGACAGAAAAAAUUGUACCAAUAAAUCAGAAGAUGAGUUGGUUGAUAUAAUCAUCAGAAAAAUUAGAGAAGGUGGAAGAUUCCUGUUUGUUCUAGAUGAUAUAUGGUCUACUGAAGUUUUGGAUGAACUGCAGCGGAUACUCUUCGAUGACCGUUUCUCACCAAUUACCAACAAGGGUCACAGAAUAUUGGUUACGACGCGGAAGAGACAAGUAGCUGAAUAUGUUAAUUUUCUGAAGCCACCAUCCGUCUACACUGUGCGUGGACUGAAGGAAAAUGACGCAUGGGAGUUACUUAUGGAAGAAUACCGGCGACACAAUCGAGAUGAUAAACUCAGCGCAGAGAAGGAGAAUAUUGGGAAGGAGAUGGUGAAACGCUGUGAAGGGAUCCCUGUGGCGAUCAUCAAACUCGGUCAAGAGUUGGCAGGUAAAGAAAGUCUGGAUGAGUGGAAUAUAGUGCAUCAAAACUUAAUGUCAUUUCUAACUGACAAUGUACUACAAGUUUUAGCUCCAAGCUUUGAUGACUUACCAGAUCACCUCAAACUAUGUUUUAUUUACUUGGGCCUUUGGCCAGAAGACUCGGUGAUUGACGCAGACAAGUUAUACCACUUCUGGAUUGUCGAAGGCUUAGUAAAGCCGCAAGAUAUCAAUGUCGCAGAGAACUAUCUAACAGAACUUGAAAGGAUGAGUAUGGUUGAGGUUGAAGAAGAGGAAGUUCCAAGUGUUAGAAGACUCAAAUGUUGCCGCAUUUCCAGAAUAAUGCGACAACUAUGUAUAUCAAAGGGUAAUCAGAUAAAUUUCAGCCACAUUAAUGAUUCUCAGCUAGGUUCAGAUUUCUCUUCAUCAUCUUCAAGAAACAAAACACGGCGCUUGAUCGUGUGCCUAGAAAAGCUAGAGGAUAGCGGCAUUUUGGCCAAGAAAGAGCGCACUAGGAACCUUCAUAGCCUACAUAUCCUUGACGCACACAAGCAGCAAGGUAGGACUCCUGUACGAUUGUCAGGUAAGUUUGAUGUCGAAGAGUUAAGGCUGCUUAGACUUCUUGAUUUUGAUGGGGUUGAUAUUGGAUGGGACGAAUUCACAGUUGAUGGGAUGUCUAAUAUUAGACAAAAUGGAUUACUGGACGGGAUAUCCAAGCUAGUCCACUUGAGGUAUUUGAGUUUCAAGAGAUGUAUUUUGAAUCAGUUGCCAUUGGCUAUUAGUAAUUUGUUAUACUUACAAGUACUUGACUUGCGAGUGGAUGAUUCGAUUACUGAGGUGAUUCUGCCAAACGUGCUGUGGAAGCUGAGAAAAAUGAAACAUCUCUAUCUUCCACGGAUGUUUCAAACGUACACCGGAGACAAAUUGCGGUUGGAUGGCUUGACAGAGCUUGAGACUCUCGAGAACUUCAUCACAAGGGUGUGCAAUGUUACUGAUCUGCAGACAUUGACCGAACUUCAUAACCUAGCUGUGAAGAUUGAUGGUGAUCUCACUGACCUACAGUUUAUCAACGAGCAUCUGAAACAACCGUCAAACAAACAGAUCCAGUUGUCUAUUGAUGUCAGAAACUUUGACUGCUAUGAAGAUAACAGGCAUUCUGCUAUCAGGGAACUAUUGCAAUAUCAGGCUGUUCAAAUCAUUCACAUUGAGGGGCAUAUCCGCGAGCUGCCAUCGAAAAACAAAAUCUCCACAAGUUUGACCAAGUUAGUCCUGAUUGGCUCUGAACUUGAGAAAGAUCCCAUGGAGAAGUUAUCUAAGCUUCCUAAUUUAUGCGUUCUCGUCCUCGAUGAUAACGCAUUUGAAGGGACACAUAUGGUCAGUCCUCCUUCUGGUUUUGCUGAACUCAAACGUUUAGAAAUAUUGAAUUUGAUGUUUUUGGAGAGUUGGACUGUAAAAAACAAUCCUAUGCCCAAGCUCUGUAACAUAAGAAUUGAAAAUUGCAAGAAACUGAGGAUCCUACAUGACUUCAAACUCCUCGCUGCUCUCAAAAAGGUAGAGAUAACAAAGAUGCCUAAACCAUUUGCAGAUAUGCUCCACGAGAUCACUUCUGCGACAAUUGAAGAUAUAACCAGAUCACAAGAUGAAGCGGAAGCAUCCUCUGGUUUGCAAAUAGCUUAAUAACAUCCAAUGCUGCUGUCGAUGGGAAAUGGUGACAACUCAAAGGCAACAUGAUUGUUCUGUUAUUCGUUAUGAAGAUAUUAUUAUGUUUUCUCCGUGUUUAAUUCAAGAAGGUUCUUUCUGUUCGUAACACAAAAAUUACUUAACUAUGCUUAUUGCACUUAAACUCAACCGGAUGUCACAAAUUGUUAGCGCCAAAUUCAA